AUGGCUGGUUUGUUCUCUCUAGGAGGUGGAAGAGGAGGAAACCAACAAGGAGAUGGGGAGUCACAACAAGGUCAGAAUCAGAUUCCUCCUCAAGAGACUCUUUUCUGGUACAACAAAAACGAUGAUGUUUCAUCUUAUAGAGGAAAUUUAGAACUAUGGAACCAACAACAGCAACAGCAGCAGCAUCAGCACCAACACCAGCAUCAGCAGCAUCAACAUGACCAGCAAGGUGAAGAUGUCAUAUCAACGCAUGUUGCAAGACCAUUUUUCUCGCGAGAUCUGUAUGGAUUAGGAGUCGGAGUCGGACCGAGUAGGGUUUCGUCGGAUGAUCACCAACACCAGUCUUUAAAUAUGGGGAUGAGGUCAUCUUCAUCUGGUGGCGGUGAGGGGAUAAGCUGUCAAGAUUGUGGUAACCAAGCGAAGAAAGAUUGUCCUCACAUGAGAUGUAGGACUUGUUGCAAGAGUCGUGGAUUUCAGUGUCAAACUCAUGUGAAAAGCACUUGGGUUCCAGCUUCACGACGCCGUGAAAGACAACAACAGUUAUCAUCUUCUUCGUCCUUACAAAGAGACAUUUCCAAACGCCCAAGAGACUCCAACGCUCUUGUUUCCACUCGCAAUUUUCCAUCAGGGUUAGAGGAAGCAAAUUUUCCUGCUGUUGUAAGCUCACCAGCUGAGUUCAGGUGUGUAAGGGUUAGCUCAAUAGACGAUGCGGAUGAAAGAUUUGCAUAUCAAACGGCUGUCAACAUUGGAGGACAUUUGUUCAAAGGGAUUCUCUAUGAUUUUGGUCCUGAAAACACUAUCAACAACAAUAACAAUACUUAUAAUAAUAGUAAUUACAUGAUUGGCGAAACUUCCGGCGGUGGCGUUCCCGUUGCUCAACCGUUGAACUUAAUCGCCGACUCUGAUACCACUGUUGUUUCUUCCGGAGCACUUGUUGAUCCGUCUUCCUUGUAUCCGGCGCCAAUGAACGCCUUCAUGUCGUCUAGUGGUACGCAAUUCUUCUCUCGUCCAAGGUCUUGA